AUGCGAUGCGCGAGCAAGGCCGCCGAGAGCGCGUCCGCACGUCUCUGUGCGGACGCCGAAGCAGAAACCACAGCAACUGAUGUCUCAUCGGUUGCUGAAGCGACCCAGCCUGUGUCACUUGGUGAUGCAGGCGCUGGUCAUGAAGACACUCAUGUCUUCACAGAGUAUGAGCUCGGUGUCUCGUACUCUCCUGAUACGGAAGACGAUUCCGUAUCGACGGCGAUCGAAUCCAAGCCGCCUACCAAGCGUGGCAUGGAUGACGCUAUGCGUCGUAGCAUCUUUGGUUCAUCUGAUAAAUCAGAUGAACCAUCGCCGAAGCGAAGGCGCUCGAGGUCGCGAGACUCGGGCGCUAACAGUGGUGUCGGUUCUCCUAUUGACACCACUACACAGCGAGGUGCCAGUACUUCUGUCGGCACGUCGCAGGAAGAGCGGGACCGCAAUGUCUUGCGUCUCGCUCCUGAGAAGAAGGCAUGGAUGCCUCCAAAAUCUGUCAUGGAUCACUUGUCGGCGACGACGAGUGAUCGUUAUCGAACACGACAUCGAUGGUACAGUGGGAAUCACAAGCGUGAUGGUCCCUCACUGCUUCAGGCGUGGAACGACGAUAUCCAUAACCUUGAGGAUGUAGGUCGUGACGUUUGGAACGACAAACUUAUCAAAGCUCGUGAUAAGUUUGAAAAGCGAACCCCGACUGGUGCACGCUACAAGCUGCAUCGUCUGUCUAGGGAGAGGAUUGACAACCUGAAAUCCCUUUACGACCGUGCCGGGAAGACUUUCUCCAGCGGUCCUUCUGCGGCACAGGAUGUGCCGCGUCGUACUGCUCGACCAGACCCAGUACGUCAACCAUCAGUUGGGAGCGGGGCUCCCAAGUAUCCCAGGACGGGGGAUAGCCGCGCCACCGGACGAGAUAACUCGUCCGACGUCCGUUCACGUCGCGGUGGUUCAACAGCUGCUCAACUAGAUAGCGCUGGCCACCGCGAGAGUUCUCUAAUGGAGGUGGAGGAGGAGGAAAGACGCUCUCCACACGAUCAUGUGGAUCGGUGUGUUCCCGAGAGCUUCUUUGAUCGCGUAACGCAAGGGUUACGCGACGAUCUCGAGCAUGAGCGGAAUAGGCGUCUCCAAAUGGCGGACACUGCCUCGAAGCAUCGAGCUGAGUUUGCCUUUGCUCAGCUUGAGAACGAGAGAUCUCUGACAUCUCUUCGUGACGAGCUAAGGGUAGCUCGUGGGAUUGUUGAUCGGUCUCGGGAUGAGAUAGCUGCUCUUCAGACCCUUGUUGAUGCCCACCAUCGGGAGCACAAGGCUCUCUGCGAGAUGCUUGAGCGCAAGGACGUUCUUUAUCGGAAGAAGCAGCGUACUGAUGGUACGGCAUAA